UUUUCAGCUGGGUUGCUUAUCACCACCCUCCUCACAUUAACAUUAACUUCCCCAACUCGAAAUCUGAGCUGAAUCAUACUCAAACACCAUUCCAAUAAGGUAACAUCAUGCCAACAUAAUCGAUCAUUUUUCCUAAUCCCGACACCGAAAACGACGAAAAUUCGGGAACAAAUUAUAAGGACUACGAUAACAAAAGAUCGACGACGAGCAAAGCUAACCCUUCAAAGAUGGCAUCAAUUAUUUACGGUGACGAUUGGGAGAAGGAAGAGAUGGCGAGCAUUAGAGAUCGGUAUGAAAAACUAAUGGCCGUGAUCGAAAACUGGGAGACGAACAAGAAGCAAAAGGCGAAACGCAAGUUGGAAAGGGUCGAGGCUGAAUUGCAAAAGAAAAGAGCAAAAGCUGCGGAGAGUUACCAUAGAGACAUCGAAGGAAUCGAAGGCGUUGCAGAAGGAGCUCGGGCGCAAGCUGAAGAGAAGCAAAUACGCGACGAAAUUAAAGUGAAGAAAAAAGCGAACAAAAUCCGGGCAACGGGGAAACUUCCGGGGACCGGUAUAUUCUUUUAAAAUGAAUCAAUAAUGUCCGAUAGCGAAUAAGAACUAGAAAAAUACCUGGUUUAUGUCUGUAAUUCGAAUACUCGAAAUAAUCCU